ACACGGCCGCCGCUCGUGUUCGAAAUUUGAAUUUUCCCGCGCCGCCAACGGACGCGUUCAUUGCGCGCAUUGGCGAUAGCGUUGCGUUCAGGAUAAUUUUCUAAUUUACGAAAUGGUGGAUUGAUGAUGUAUUUGAAAGACGGGGACGGGUGGAUCAUGACUGCUCUCAUGUGGUUGUUCGCCAAUAUGGCUAAAUUAUACUGAUUUGUGAGAAUAUUUGGACUUUAAUUUAGUGUUGUACCGCUGUGCACUUGGACUCUUAUAAGGAGCCGUAGUACCGCCACCGGUGCCAUCAAAGCCAGCAUACCACGUACCCCAUGGCCUCCCACACCUGCCAGCCAACCUAUCUGACCGGCAACCGCUUCACCACCAAGUCCUCCCCCCUCGAACCCCACAUACAGUACCACCUCUGCCGCUCUAACACCAACAUGCUCUUGAAGAUCGAAAACGAACUCCUACAAAGCCACCGUCAACGAGAAACGACAGGCAUCAAAAAGCUGUACAACUCUUUCUUUGUCCUCUUUUAA